CUUACAAGCAGUUACAGCGCUCCGUGUGCUCGCUGCCUGACGCUGAAGUGGCAUUUCUGCAAACACACCUCGGCGCUGUAGAGGGCAGAUUGUGUGUGCAGACAGGUCCACGUCACCGAGCAGCUCCGGGGUGCUUCAGAGGACAAACAAUCCAUCUCGCUCUCGGAACUGACACGCUCCUGGUUCCUCAUGGGAUUUUUCUCUGGCUGUUCAUCAUUGCCUUAGUAUGAGAAUUCAUACCACGCUGUUGCCCAGCGACAAGAGGCAAACAUGGCCCAAGCGCCCGCUGACCCCAGCAGUGUGGAAGCUGCAGACCCUGAGGAGAGCUCCCCAAACAUGAUCGUCUACAGGAAGAUUGAAGACAUCAUUACAAGAAUGCAGGAUGACAAAACUGGUGGAGUCCCCAUCCGAACUGUCAAGAGCUUUCUGUCUAAAAUCCCCAGUGUCGUCACUGGUGCUGAUAUUGUGCAGUGGCUUAUGAAGAACCUCAGCAUUGAGGAUCAAGGGGAAGCAAUACACUUGGGAAGUCUUAUCGCUGCACAGGGUUAUGUGUUUCCAAUCUCAGACCACGUCCUUACCCUGAAAGAUGAUGGGACGUUCUAUCGUUUUCAGGCACCAUACUUUUGGCCUUCAAACUGCUGGGAGCCAGAAAACACAGAUUAUGCCAUCUAUCUUUGCAAACGGACCAUGCAGAACAAAGCUAGGCUGGAGCUGGCCGAUUAUGAAGCCGAAAACUUAGCAAGACUUCAGAGAGCAUUUGCAAGGAAGUGGGAAUUCAUCUUCAUGCAAGCUGAAGCCCAAGUGAAAAUUGACAGGAAAAAAGACAAAACAGAAAGGAAAAUUUUGGACAGCCAGGAAAGAGCAUUCUGGGAUGUGCACAGGCCUGUGCCAGGCUGUGUGAACACCACAGAAAUGGACAUUAGAAAGUGUCGUCGUAUGAAAAACCCACAGAAGGUGAAAAAGUCAGUAUAUGGGGUUACAGAGGAAUCUCAGCCCCAAAGCCCUGUUCAUGUGCCCUCCCAACCCGUACGCAAAACUACAAAAGAGGAUUUCCGGAAACAAAUAACUUUUCUGAACCUGCAGAUAGACAGGCAUUGUUUAAAGAUGUCCAAAGUAGCGGAAAGUUUAAUAGCGUACACAGAGCAGUAUGUGGAAUAUGACCCUUUUAUCACUCCUGCUGAGCCUUCUAAUCCCUGGAUAAGUGAUGAUGCAGCUUUGUGGGACAUUGAAAUGAGCAAAGAACCUAGUCAGCAGCGUGUGAAAAGAUGGGGCUUCUCCAUGGAUGAGGUACUGAAGGACCCAGUAGGACGAGACCAGUUCCUUCGUUUCCUGGAAUCAGAAUUCAGCUCAGAAAACCUCAGAUUUUGGUUGGCUGUCCAAGAUCUCAAAAAACAACCUCUACAGGAUGUGACCACCAGAGUGGAGGAAAUCUGGCAGGAGUUUCUAGCUCCUGGGGCCCAGAGUGCUAUCAACCUGGAUUCCCACAGCUAUGAGAAAACAAGCCAAAAUGUCAAAGACCCAGGGAGAUACACAUAUGAAGACGCACAGGAGCACAUUUACAAGCUGAUGAAGAGUGACAGCUAUGCGCGCUUCCUCCGUUCAAAUGCUUACCAGGACUUACUGCUGGCAAAGAAGAAGCCAGAGAAUGAGCAAGGUCGUAGAACUUCUCUAGAAAAGUUCACUCGCAGCGUGGUAAGUUCUUUUUCUUCUCCCUCCUCCCUUUCUUCAGAACUCCAUUUUUCAUUGGGGGGAAUGCGGAUGCUUAUCUUUUUAUUUCAACUUUAUGUUUGCAGAUAGCAUCUUUGCGGCUUCUCUUUUAGUAUCGUAGCUCAUCUAAAUAGCAACUCUAAAAACGGGGUGGGUGAGGAGCAGAAUUCCAUCACAGUGCUCAUUCCAGCUAAUCAUCACUGCAAAAGCAAAUUGAUUUGUGUCCAGAAUUAAAUGGAUGGAUGUCUUUUUGCUGUGUGCCCACUACAGCAUUUGUCCUGGCUUUUCCUUGCGCAGAGAUUCAGAAGAGCAUGAUUCUAGUAGCACCAUUUCAACAGUAUCCAUACUGACCUCCAUGCAUGAGUCUUGCUGCCAUGUGUAUAUAUAUACAUACAUAGCCACCCACUACACUGCAGCCGCUCCCUCUGUUGCCCCCAUUUGUCAAUACUCAUGUAAGUAGUGAUGUUGGAACGUGACACUGUUAAACCUCUUACAUAAUGGGAUGGUGAGACUUCAAGGCCAGUGGGCAGAGGUCCUCUCCUCUCGUCCUUCACCAAUCUCUGAUCUUCAGCUACUUGGGCCCUAAUGAUCUUCUAGAGAAUGAGGGCAGUUCUUGGCUUCCUUCUGCUCCCAGUGUUGUGCAUGUAUCCUGGGGUGUCCCCCUCUUGCAGUAGCACAGCUGUCUUGGUGGGAAGGGCUGGCACAGGUAGGGGAAGGGUGCAGGAUGGGAUCAGCAGCAUUCAAGGAGCAGCAGGGAGCUAGCACUGAAGAUAUAUCAACAAGUUGUUCUGGUGUUGUUUAAUAUCAAGUAUGUUUUGACUUGAUAUGCCAUGCAGUUUUGGCAUACUGCUGUGAUAUUCAGCUUUAUAACAAAGAUGUUGGACUGUGUAUGUAUAGUACAUAUGCUUUUAUUUGCGUGUCUCUAUGUAUUUAUGUAUAUUAAUAUAUAUACAUGUUAUAUACGUAACACACUGUAUAAAUAUGAAACAUUUGUACAUCCAGAUAGAAAAGGGGAAACUGCAGGUAAGUGUGAGCUAUCAUAUAGCAGAUAAACCUGGAGGGGUUCUUUCUGAUGCACACACAAACCAAAUACAGAGCUUUGUAGUAUAUGUCUGGCAGACUUCCUGAGGAAUGUAUUUAUAUAGCUAAUGCAUAUGCACACAUUUGAAGCAUGUUGAUACAAAAUAUAUCACUGUGCCCAUCUGCAUAUUUACUGCUUUGUAAGAGUUUGCCAGAAAGAGGAACAGGCGAGUUGGGUUUUUUUUUGUUGUUUUUUUUUUUAAAUAAACUAUGCCGAUAUAUUUACACUGAGUAGCAAAUUCUGCUCCCAGAUUCGCCAUUCAAGCUUUGAGAAGUCCUCAAAAGUACAUGGGCAGCACAGCAGUAGGUAGACAUAGCAGUCCCUGACCAGUUCAGCCCUAUGCUUGGCUCCUGGCUGUGGAGUCAGAGGUGCAAAGCUGGACUGGCUCUUCUAUGUGCACCAAGGGACGGGUCGGCCUCGGGGAGCCGCACUCACUCUGGGCAAUGCAUUGCAGAUCUGACAGUCUGUUGCACCAGAGCACUUACUAAUCCACCUCAUUUAAAAAAUGAUGGCACUGCACACGGUGGCAGGUUUAUCUUAUUACAAUUUUCCUUUCGAAUAUAGCAAGGAUUGACAUUAUGAAAGCAGAGUUAGCCUGUCUUCUUGCUCAAGUGAAGAUAAAUGACAUCAUAAAAAUCAGACAUCAUGUAUCAUAUAUGUUAUAAAUAAUACUUGUUACUGAGGUAAUAACUUAAUUUUAAAGACAUACACACAUACAAAUCCAUAUAUCUACAUCUCUCUCUUCUGUCAUAUCUGAUCAUCUUACUAAUUAAAAGGAGCCUGCUAUACUAUUUUUAGCUAUGCAGUCUCAGCCUAGCUGUUUAAACCACAGUAGUUUCCCAUCUGCUUUAGAAAUGAUUUAAUAAUCAGACAGAAGCUUAGUUCUUGUAAGCUGAGAUGAUCCUUCAGAGCUAAGAGUGGAAGGAAAAUAUAUUUUAUGAGUUCGGUUAGGGAAACCACUGGUGUUGUUGUCUCAUAAAGGAAGCUACCAAGUUUCUUCCUAACUUGUGCUGGUGGCCAUUUAAUUGAAGGGGAAACAAGAGUAUUUAUUUUUAUUUUCCUUUGCACCUUCGUUGCACCUUGCAUCCUGAGUUCUCUCUUUAAAGCAGCAGUGGUUACUCAGCAAUAACAGGGAUUAUGGGGAUACUGAC